AUGGAUCAGCAACUUCAGGACGAGGCACAGAAGAACAUUGAGAUCUGGAAGAUCAAGAAGCUUAUCAAGUCUCUUGAGCAGGCCAGAGGUAAUGGUACCUCUAUGAUUUCGCUCAUCAUUCCACCAAAGUCCCAGAUUUCCUUCUACACCAAGAUGUUGACGGAUGAGUACGGUACUGCGUCGAACAUCAAGUCGCGUGUCAACAGACUGUCGGUGCUUUCGGCGAUCACGUCGACUCAGCAGAAGCUGAAGCUGUACACAAAGGUGCCACCAAACGGGUUGGUGAUUUACUGUGGUGAUAUCAUCACGGACGAAGGUAAGGAGAAGAAGCUGAACAUUGAUUUCGAGCCUUUCAAGCCAAUCAACACGAAGCUGUACCUGUGUGAUAACAAGUUCCACACCGAGGCGCUCUCUGAGCUGCUGGAGGCUGAUGACAACUACGGUUUCAUCAUCAUGGAUGGUUCCGGUUCUCUGUUUGGUUUGCUAUCUGGUAACACCCGUACCGUCAUCACCAAGUUCACUGUUGACCUUCCAAAGAAGCACGGCCGUGGUGGUCAAUCUGCUGUGCGUUUCGCAAGACUGAGAGAGGAGAAGAGACACAACUAUGUUAGAAAGGUUGCUGAGGUUGCCGUUCAAUGUUUCAUCACCAAUGAUAAGGUCAACGUUAACGGUCUUGUCCUUGCUGGUUCUGCAGACUUCAAGACCGACUUGGCCAAGUCUGACCUGUUUGACUUGAGAUUGCAACAGAAGAUUGUCAAGAUUGUGGAUAUCUCGUACGGUGGUGAAAACGGGUUCAACCAAGCCAUUGAGCUGUCUGCUGAGGCAUUGGCCAACGUCAAGUUCAUCCAGGAGAAGAAGCUUAUCACACAGUUCUUUGACGAGAUCUCACAGGACACCGGCAAGUUCUGUUAUGGUGUCAGCGAUACGUUGAAGGCCUUGGAGGCUGGUUCGUGUGAAAUCGUCAUUGUCUACGAAAACUUGGACAUCAUCCGUUAUGUCUACAAGGACUCACAAGACCGUGAUAUUGUCGUCAAUGUUGCGCCAGAUAACAAGGACAAGAGCGUAUCACUGGACAAAGACACCGGUGAACAGAUGGAGCUCGUCUCUGAGCAGCCACUCUUGGAAUGGUUGGCUGAGAACUACAAGAACUUUGGUGCCACUUUAGAAUUCGUCACUGAUAGAUCCUCUGAAGGUGCCCAAUUCGUCACUGGUUUCGGUGGUAUCGGUGCCAUCUUGCGUUACCAAUUGAACUUUGAGCAGUUGGCUGAUGAAUCUGACGAUGAGUACUUUGACGAUGAUGACGACUUCAUCUGA